AUGAAGUUCAACAAAUUCCUUGCAAGUUUGGCAUCAUUUUCUUUACUAACGCAAACAAUUGCAGCUCCAGCAAAAAGGGGUGAUGGAGAUGAUGACGAUGAUGUGGUUGUUGUGACGCUUCAAACAACCGUGCUGGAUGUGCAUACCAAUACCCAUAUUGUUAAUGCCCCUACUUCAACAUACACUAACUACAUUGUGAGUGCUAGCACUACAACGGUGACUCAUUAUACCGCCACUGUCACAUCCACAAUAUGGGGUACAGCUCAUACAUACACCACUGUUGCUACUACACCAAUUUCGGCUGCUGAUGUUUCACCAAUUAGUGAGAAUGAAGUUCAAUCAUCAACAACAGAGCAACAGCAGCAGCAGCAGCAACAACAACAGACACUGCCUAGUGCUUCGCUGUCAACAGAUGCAGCUACCGCACAGCAAGAUACAGUUAAUGCCGCUACACCAUCAUCAAGUUCAGGACAAGCUACUUCUUCCUCAACUGAAACAUCUGCUACCCCUGGUGCUGGAUCCUCAACACAAUUGGUUCAACCAUCAAGCACUGAAUUGUUUACAGAGGAAACUGCAGACUCACUGUCUGAUGGUCCAACCAUUACCGCUACCGAUAUCCCCACUAGUACCGAUUCUUGGAUUAUUGAAAACGUAACCACUGUUACAUCCGAUGGUGUUUGCUACGUUAAUUAUGAUUACUACUACGAUGGCGAGACUGAUGCCGAGGAAACGGUGACACUGACCUCAACAUACUAUACUACUAUCACCGCCAAUUAG